AUGAGGAUGAAAAAUCAGUUACUAACCGUUGUUUUUUGCGCACUUGCUCUACUUGUCAACAUUAUUAAUGUCUCAUCAACCUCAUCUGAACUACCAAAGGUGUACAUAGUUUACCUGGGAGAGCAUGUUGGAGACAAAACAUUCCAAGAAAUCGAAGACGCUCACCACUCGUAUUUGCACUCCGUCAAGGGAUCGAGAGAGGAAGCCAAAGCCUGCGUUGUUUACAGCUACAAAAACGUCAUUAAUGGCUUCUCCGCCCUGCUCACCCCUGAUGAAGCUCAUAAAAUAUCAAAGAUGGAUGGUGUGAUUUCAGUGUUUCAUAGCGACCCCAAAAAAACGAGGCCUCACACGACAAGAUCAUGGGAUUUCAUUAACUUACUCGAAGCUAAAUGGGAUCCCACACGAUCCAACACCAGAGAUAAACUGUUGACUCAAGCUGACUACGGCCAGAAUGUCGUUGUCGGGGUAAUCGACACCGGCGUAUGGCCGGAGUCUGAGAGUUUCAACGAUGUGGGAAUGGGACCUAUUCCAACAACCUGGAAUGGGUUUUGCCAGACCGGUGUUGGUUUUGAUUCUUCUCAUUGUAAUAGGAAACUGGUGGGGGCCCGUUACUAUUUGAGGGCUUACGAGGCAAAUUUCGGUCCACUCGAUCCCACAAUCGACUUCCGAUCAGCAAGGGACUCCGUCGGCCACGGGACCCACACGUCGUCCACCGUCGGCGGCCGGAGUGUCCCGAACGCCGCCGCAAUUGGCGGCUUCGGCAUAGGAAACGCCACCGGAGGGGCCCCACUGGUGCGCCUGGCCAUGUACAAAGUGUGCUGGAAUAUUCCGGCGGAUCUGGGAGGAGGGAACACGUGCGCGGAUGCUGACGUGAUAGCGGCUUUCGAUGAUGCAAUCGCUGAUGGAGUUGACAUCAUCAGUGUCUCCCUUGGUUCGGAAACCCCUACGCCCUAUGUCGAAGACGGCACUGCCAUUGGAGCAUUGAAUGCAGUGAAAAGGGAUAUUGUGGUGGUUUGCAGCGCCGGCAAUUCGGGGCCCGACCCGUUUACCGUGACGAACAUCGCCCCGUGGAUCAUCACUGUUGGAGCGAGUAGCAUCGAUCGCGUUUUUUCGUCGCCCGUCCUUCUUGGAAACGGCGUGGUAGCGGAGGUUCGUCCGGUUAAACCUCUAGGACAAUCAAUUACUCCAUUCGUGAAGGGAACGUACCCGCUUGUUUAUGCAGCGGAUGUAGAAAUUCCAGUGGAGAUGUGUUUUUCAUUUCACAGACUAUGCCUUCCUGGGACACUUUCGCCGGCUCUGGUAGCAGGAAAAGCAGUAUUCUGCUGGAAAGGGGACACUGUCUCAGCAUUAGAAGUGCAAAGAGCUGGCGGCGUAGCUGCGGUGCUCGGAAACCCAAAAGAAGGAGUAGGCGUCUCCCAAACGCCUUAUGUGAUUCCGGCAAGUGUUGUUCUUUCCGAUCAGAAACUGAAAAUUUACAACUACAUCCGAUCUACAGCAACACCGACGGCAACCUUGACUCCGGCGAGAACAUUGAUAGGCGGCUCCAGCCCAACUCCAUUCAUGGCCCCUUUCACCUCCCGAGGCCCCAAUGCUAUCGAACCCAAUCUUCUAAAGCCGGAUAUUACGGCACCGGGAUUUAAUAUACUGGCAGCAUGGAGUGAAGUUGCUUCCCCUUUCGGUGUCGCAUCCGAUAAUCGAGUUGCGAAGUACAACAUUAUUUCCGGUACAUCAAUGUCUUGCCCACAUGUUGCAGGUGUGGCGGCACUUAUCAAAGCCAUACAUCCCGAUUGGAGCAGCGCCGCCAUCAGAUCUGCUCUCAUGACCACCAGUAUAAAAUUAACUAAAUUAACAAUUUCACCUUAAAUUCAUUACAUUCUCUUCCAAGACUAC